UUUCCAACUUUGAUUUGCAUAAAAUGCAAGCAGCAAUUUGGCUCACGAAUCAUCUGGCAGCUGUAUUUUUUAUGGUCCAAAAAACGUUUGGGCAAACUUGCUCAGGUGAUUUGAUUGCUUGUGAGUUCCAACUGCCUUUGAACUCAAUUGUUCACGCUGUUGUUUCACCAACCUCUGGAAUAAGCCAAUUGGAAUGUGUGCAAAAAAUGCAGCAAUUUCUUUGGCCAGUCGGAAUUUAUUGUGAGUCUAGUCGCUUCUGCGGACUUGGAUUAGAUACUAAAAUUGACUUCGCAUUGUUUAAAUCACUCGUCAAAAUUGAACCGGUUUCUGACAUAUGCCAAGUGUUUACUCGACUUAAUAAAAUCCAAUGCGAGGAUCUGAUGACAAUUCUUCUGAAUAAUGGAAUAGUGAAACUCAAUCACUGGAACUGUUUGGCGCAUGGGUUUGAGUUCUGUCGACAAGAAAGAUUGGCCAAUUGUUUCGACGUGUUUGGUGGAUUUCAGUGCAAGGAAUGCCUUCAAGGGGCUCGUCAACUGCAAAUUUCCGACAACACAAAAUGUCAAGACAUCGACGAAUGCUCUGUGGACAUUUGCGGAGCUGAUGUUUUGACGUGCACAAAUUCCGAACUGUCAUACACAUGUACAUGCAACACAGGGUUCAUCUAUAAUGCUGUUGUUUACAACUCGUCAUGUCAAGACAUUGAUGAAUGUGCAACUGGAGUCUGUGGGGAUAAAAAUAAAGUACUGCAGUGUGAAAAUACUAUCGGUGGAUACAAUUGCACCUGCCGGGAAGGUUAUGACUUCUCAGACGAUCCAUAUGGACGAGGUUGCGAAAUCGUGUACACUUGGGUGCAUCUCUUUAACGCAACUAUUGCGAAUAAUUCAACCGAUCUCAUCAAAGGGGAAUUCCGAGAGUGUCAAAUGGCCAAUGGAACCAUUGUUGACCCAUCGAACUGUAAAGAAGCAACAAACAUUCGAGUAUACCUCCAUCAUAAACGCAUUCACUCUGAAAUGACAUGGAGAGACGGAGCAAAACACUGCGAGAACAUGGGAGGAGUUAUGUUCGGGAAUUAUAAUGGAACCCAAGAGCAAGUCGACGAGUUAUUUGAAUUUAUGGCUACAAAUUUCCUCUAUCUUGGAAUAAAAAGUAUAAUCGGACAACGGAAGUGGGAAACCCUUCGUGGAGUCGACGUAACAAGUGCAUUAACUCAGUGGGAUACAAGUUAUCCACGAACAGAUAUAAACGAGGAAGGGUUAAUCAGAGUAUCCGACGUGAACAAACUCAGAGAUGGAUAUGGAACGGUUCCACGGAAGUUCAUAUGUGAUCUAUCCGCUUGAUUUUACUACGAUUUGCAAUUUACUAUUGCUUACAAUUUACAAGUCCUGCGUGAGGAAAACAAGGAAAACUUUACAA